AUGGAAUAUGGAUCAAGUAGGAACUUCUCUCACACAGAAUUCUACCUGAUGGGAUUCUCCUCCCUUAAAGAGAGGCGGCGUUUCCUCUUCAUCCCCUUCUGUCUGAUGUUCAUUUUCUCAAUGGUCACCAACUCACUUCUUAUUUAUGUGAUUGUAAAACAGAGGAGUUUACAUUCACCUAUGUAUAUUCUGAUAAGCUCCAUCGCAUGUAUUGACAUAGUGGUCCCGUUAUGGGUUGUCCCUAGGAUGUUAUUCGCUUUUGCUUCUGAUGUCAACACAAUUUCUCGAGUGGGCUGCCUGGUACAGAUGUUUUUUGUUCAUUAUGCUUGCAGUUUUCAAUCCACCAUACUUUUUGGGAUGGCACUGGAUCGUUAUCUUGCUAUUUGUUUCCCUCUGCGGUACAACGAUGUUGUGAAUUUAACCAAUUCCCUCAUCACUGUAGUCGUGAUCGUGAUACGAAAACACAUCAUAAUCACAGCUAUGAUAUCUCUUGUUGGAACGCUCACAUUCUGCUCAUCCAAUGUCCUGUAUCAUUGCUUUUGUGAACAUCAAUUAGUGGUUAACUUGGCAUGUGGAGACACAACCAAGAACUAUUUAGCAGGCUUAAUAAGUUUCUGUGUGCCGACAGUCGACUGUUUUGGCAUCGCCUAUUCGUAUAUCACCAUAUUCGUGGUUAUAUUCAGGUCAGCAGGGGGUGAAUCCCGCCAAAAGGCCAUCCACACCUGCAGCACCCACUUAAUGGUCAUCUGUGUGGUCUACUUUUCCUCCAUGAUUGCAUUUCUUUCAUACCGUGUAAAGCAUGCCAUCCCACCUGAUUUUCGUGUCCUCAUAAGCUGCAUGUACCUUCUUAUUCCUGGGUGUUUCAAUCCGGUGAUAUAUGGCAUCAGGACCAAAGAGAUAAGGGAGCAGAUUACUAAAAUCCUAAAAGGUGGUAAAACUGUGCCUUCGUGA